AUGGCCACCAUUCCAAGCGAGGAGUCCUACGGCGCCCAGUCUCCGCUCCAGGCGAACUAUGAAGAUCGUCGACACUCCGCGGCCGGAUCAUCGUACGGCUCGUCGAGAGAAUGUCCUGCCGAGGGCUGCCCCUUCCGCGCCAAGUCGAAAAAGGACGUCGACCGACACUACAUGUCCGUCCACGCCAAGGCCGACCUAUUCUUUUGCCCGCGGCGCACUGCCCACAAGCGCGGCUGGUCGAGGAAGGAUGCCCGGGACAGGCACUCCUACCGGAGCGACACCCCCGACUCAGAGAGCCGUGCUACAGCCAGGCCUACCAACUUCACCGUCGAGGACGUCAUGUCUCAGCUGGAGGAGGAGAAGAGGUUGCGCCUUGACCUGGAGCACGAGCUACGUGUGCUGCGGAGGAGCUACGACGAGCGAGCGAGCCUGAUCAAGAGGAUCUUGUCGAGCGCGCUCUAA